GCAAAAUGCUCUAAACCAACAAAAGACAAGGGGGGGACGCCGGCAAGGAACCGAACCGAAGAAACAGAACAGAACAGAAAGCCCUGAAAAGACAGAGAACGUAGAAGGGUCUCCACUUUCUUCCUUACAACAACUUCCUGGUUACAACUUUGGAUCCAACAAUCAAUCAACUCGUACACCACCACCUGACAAAACUGACAAGCCUGACCAAUUUACGUAAACUGCCUAAGCUGCGGUCAGGAUAUGAAGAUAUGUUAUUCAGACAUUGAAAAUGUGAAGAUCCUUACGAUCUUUAAGGUUCCUGCGUCGACGAUCCCUCGACAAAUAAACACCGGGAAAAAAGGGGGAAAUGGAUGAUAUCUCGAUAAUUUCCAGACAAAAUAUGUGGAGAAGAUUGCGUGUUCUCCAUAGCAAUAAACUCGACAACGACAUCAGAGAAGGGAGAAAAUAGAGAUAAACGCGAUUAAAAACUUAUCCUACUUAUACCUGUCAUAACUUGUCCCAUUCAUCAUAAAAGUAUUUAGGGUUAGCCAUGUCUGGAACAGGCUCCUCUCAAAAUCACCAUCUAGCUCCUCCUCCUGCUCCUCCAUCUGCUUCUAACCAGCAGACAUCUGAGCGACGGCAGGACUCCAUGGCAGGAAGGCUCACCCAGAAAAUCCUUGGCCACAUCGGUCAUUUGGGUCCCCUGCUCACCGGCGAGCCGAACGUUGACGCCGCACACGCCACCACACCGGCAUCAGUAUCAAACUCCAUACAUGCGGCCGUGCCCGCAGCCGCCGGUUGGAACCUUGACGUCAACGAGACUAUUCUAAACCCCGCCGGCGGUACUUAUCCGCGUCUAUGCCGCCUCUCGGAUUCUAGUCUGCUGUCCGUUACCACCGGCUUCCAAGGCCCAGGUGGCCGUGAACACGUUCUACAGGUAUCCCGUAGCACCGACAACGGAACAACCUUUGUACCCCACGGCGAAAUCACUCGUGGCGCCGGCGAUAUCGACAACGGAUUCUUACUAGAAGUACCACCAACCGUCCCAACAAUCCCAGGCCCCAAACCAAUUCCAGGACCAGGAGGAUGGCACGGCGGUAAUGGUACUAGUAGCAACGGCUCAGUAGUCCUAGCGGCCUUCCGAAACCACGACCGUGAUGCCAACAGCCAUCCCACAUAUUUCCGGAUAACAGUCUGCCGCAGCGAGGACGGAGGACGGACAUGGCGUUUUGCAUCGCAAGCCGCGGAGCAAAGCGCCGCCUCCACGGGUGGUCUGGGCAUCUGGGAGCCAUACAUGCGGCUCGGCCCCGGCGGUCGCAACAUCCAAUUAACAUAUUCGCGCGAGCUGGCUCAUAAUAACCAAGAAACAUUCCGCGUCGAUUCGUACGACGGUGGCCGCAGCUGGACCGCGCCCCCUCGGUGUCUGAGAUGCCAUCCCCCAUUCAUCAACCUGCGCGACGGCAUGCAGAGCAUCGUCGGCGUAGGACCUAGUCUCGGCUUAGGCUUAGGUCUAGCCGCGCAGGACCCAUCAGAAGUAGACAACUUGGAUCUAUCUCCAGAAGGAGGUAUAGUAGCUCGGGACGGACAAUCGGAACAGGUUGGCGAAGCGUUGGUCGUUGUAUUUGAGACGACCCGGUUUGGAACCUUUAGUGUUGAGUAUGCAGUUUCAUAUGAUGGAGGUUUAACGUGGGGAUCGAGAGGGGUGGUGUAUCGGCCUCGGCAAGGACGUAAUGCAGGUGCACCGCAAAUUGAGCGGUAUGGAAAUGGUGGUGGACUAGCGGUAGUGUUUAUGACAGAUGAGGAUACCGAUACACCGCAAUGGCCAGGCAAGGCUGCCAUUAAAGUUGUAUUUGCCUCAGGACUCCCCGUCGGUGGUCGCGGCGCUAUUCGAUGGAGCCAACCUAUGGUUGUUCAUCAGGCACCUUCGUUUUGGCCUGGUCUCUUCAGUCUCGGACAAGAUGAACUCAUGGUUGUUUUCGAGCAUGGUGGAGUACCUAUAGGGAAACGCUUACGAUGGGGAUAAUUAGAUUGGCGCUUGUAUUUAUGAUGUAGAUAAUAAGCAAAUUGUAUUAUGAGAUAUCUGGAGAUAAGAUCUCGCGGUGAUAUUGAAGCUAUUUAACCGUCCAUCACGGUGUAUUCAGAAAGGCCCACCUGCCCGCCUAGAAUGUAAAAC